AUGUAUGUAACAAGGCGUCGAUCUGUGUAUAAAAGGAACCAUGAAGCUGUUAGGCAUCCACCAGAGGGGCCAAAUUCAGGGUAUCUUGUACUCCAAGAUGAAGAAGCUGAGACUUACUGUUGUUUUGGAUUGUGGAAGAAGGGUAUCAGCAAUCUGCCAUUACCACAGAACAGGAAUUUAACAGUUGUUUAUUCGGAAAAUACAGGAAGUGGCGUCAUUGUUCAUUGAGAUGAAGUUAUGUUCAUUCCUGUUCUUAAUCAGCCUUUGUCUUCUAAUCGAUACUACGUCAUCCGAAGGAAAGGGAAGCAUCAAGGUGAAGCAAGCAAAGGUUCAAAGGAAGAAGACAUGGGAAAAUGUUUGUGCUUUAAUUACAUAAAAAACGUUAAACCAACACCUCUAAAUCCCUCUGAUGAAUAUCAACAAUUUGAGAUUUUGAAAACACGUUUUGGAUUCCGAGCCAAGUGUAUUGCCUCAGAUGGAUUUGUUCCUCUCUUUUUGAGGAGAAAAGGAUGGACUCUCUACGCCAACACACCCAGCCAUUAUCGUUUGAGUGAAGCUCUUGGCGCCAACCCUACCUUGCGAGCCAAGUUGCCACCUUUAACCUUCUCAUCAUCAUCAUCAACCGUUCGCUCCGAGCCAGUGGUCGUCGGAAAAUGGUACUGCCCUUUCAUGUUCGUGAAGGAAGAAGCAGUGACUGUCAAAGAGCAGAUGAAGGAGUCAGUUUUCUAUGAAAUGACUCUCGAAAGAAGGUGGGAUAAAGUUUUCUCUAAGGAAAACGGUGGGGAUAGUAAUCAAGUGUUUGUGAAUGUUGUGGUGGAAACUGAAGUUGCAGAAUUGGGUGGGGGAGGAAGAGAAGCUGUUUGGGAAGAAGGAAAAUUUGGUGAAGAGGAUGUGAUGUGGUUUAGGGUUUUGGAGAGAGGAGAGAGAAUGGUAGGGUUAAGCAUGGCGAUUUUGGAGAGAAUGAGAUGGGAGGAAGAGAGUGCAGAUUGGGAGGGAAAGAAUAAUGAGAAGAAGCAAGUGAGAUUUGAAAGAACUGAGAAGUUUGAGGGGAAAGUAAAGAGUGAUGAUGAGUGGAAAAAUUUUGGAUUCUAUGUGUUGGUGGAGAGCUUUGUGUUGAAGAGAAUGGAUGGAAAUGUGGUGUUAAGUUAUGAUUUCAGGCACACAAAUCAUGUUCAGUGUAAAUGGAAGUGAUCUGUUCGUUAUUUACAUCCCCAAAUCAUUUUGCUUUCUAUCAUGUUUGUUGUUCCAUGUCUUCGAUUUUGUGUUUUUUUCCCCUUUAAUUUCUUUGGGUGGGUUUGAGGUCUACCAGCUUGU